CGAUGGAUGAAAACAGUUUUCAUCGUAAGACCAGUUGGGGAUGGUUGAAGCCAAGUCAUCCAGACCGUCCUUUGGUACAGGAGAGAGGCAGGAGGGCAGCCAGCCAAGAUCUAUCCUCUCUCCCGGAUUCCAGGAAUGGGUCUCGUGGACGAUUUUUAGGGUCGGUUCCCAAGUUACUCGACAAGGUGACCAAGUGCUUCGCUCGAAGCGCUCGACAGUCUCUCAACCCUGAAACCACGACUGCAAGUUCCAGCCCACAAGACAUUCAAUUCAUUCAGUCAAACAAGGACAUCACCGCUCCCACACUCGAACCGAAUCCUGAACAAUCUUUCAAUUCGUGGAUUGCAGAAGCCGAAGAUCUCGACCCGAAGUUUGUUAACAAAAGGAUCGCCGAAGCUACUGAAGGUGUCGCAGGCAUUGGCCAGGUCCCAACAAUAGUCCAAGAUACUUCUUCCGCAAUCAACAACUUACCGUCUGUUUCUGAUGCAAUUGACACGUUCUCCGCGUUGCUUCGACCUUUGAAGGCAUUCAAUUUCAUUGUCAACGAGAUCGCAAAUGUCCAUCCCUACGCGAAGGCGGCAUUGAGUAUCUUCACUUGCGCGUCCAAGAUGAUUCUUGAUCAGGCAAACCGUGAUGUCGCUGUUUCCAGUUUACUCUCAAAAAUAUCUGAAGUCUAUGUUUUCAUCACGGAAGAGGAGGAAUUGGCCAAGAUUCAAUCAAUGCUAGCGAUAUAUGGGAAGAUAGCGCAGCAGACUCUGGAGUGUGCUGAUUUCAUCAGCCAUUACUCCGAGACGAAGAGUGCCUCAAUGUUCUCGACGGUCUCAUGCAACAAUUCCGAGACCGAGUGGCUCGUGACACCGUUGUGA